CGAACUUAAAUGCAUUUACAGUACUUCCCACUAUCCUUUUUACACUUUCGGGCUGUGGCUUCUUGUUUGACAACCCGUUUUCAGUACAAUGUAGGUUCCAUGAGUGUUCAUGAGUACGCCCCUGCUAUACUUUCAUUCCACAUUCCUGCUGUUGACACACACACAGUUUCCAGCAACUAACCCACAAGUACAGUCACACAGUUUUCGGCAACUAACCAACAAGUACACACAGUUUCCGGCAACUAACCAACAAGUACACAGAGUUUCCGGCAACUGACCCACAAGUACUCCUCUUGCUUGUCUACGUAAGAAGUGGGCGUGUCAAGCAGGUAGCACUGGAGAGCCAGGAAGUGUGACGUCACAAAUUUGAUUAAGCACAAUCCCAGAGGCUUGGCACCAAUGGUGGGGGUUCCCCCCUAUUGAUCAAGAAAUCUUCCAGGAAUUCAGGGGCAGGGAUGAAGAGACGCUUCACUACUGACGUCAACCCCCUCACUUACAUACUUAUUUAUUGGAUUCUUUGUAUUCCCCCAGUUUUCCCACCUUCCUGCCAGGAUAUUUACACCUGUAUGACACCUACUUAAAAAAACAUCAUGGUCCCCAUAAAUACAAGCCUGCUGGAGAGGAAAAGUUACUCCCUCGGUCCACGACGCUACGAAGACCACGCUCUCCUCCCUCCAGACAAACCUCCAGGCUACCACUACGAUGGCACAGAUGACAGCAGUGUACAUGUUGGCAGUUUUCUGCGGUGUCUUCCACUCUGCAGCAGCAGUGCCAGUCACAACAGUGGCUCCUGCUGUCCGCUCACAGCAGACUGUAACCGAAGCUCUAACCGCCAGCCUUCAGAAGACGGAGCUUGUUUUGGAACGUACAACUACGGCCCUUGGAACCAUUAACACUGUUCACUUCAGUGGAACAGCCAGCUACCCGGAUCUCUCCGUUACCACACUCCCUAGUUCUGAGGACAUCAUAAAAGCUGAGGACAUCGAAACAAGUGCAAUGGAGGAUUCUGAGGUAUUUCAAACCCUGAAGUCUCAGCUCCACAUCUUUGAGAGGCAUCUGGAAGCAGUGAAGCUGGAUCAACUUGCACUUGAGGCAGCUGACAACACUGGAGAGGUGGAAGCUGUGCGUCGCCAGGUAGAAGAGGUCCAUGACAAAACAAAAGAGCUCCAGACUUCCCUGGCUGUUACGGCCAACGCUUUGGGUCACCCCCUGGACAACACCAAUGAGCAUGUCGACCCUGGCACAGCCACCAGUGAGUUUUACAUGACCCUGCGCGCCUACUUGACCUUCCGUGACUACGAAAUCUUCCUGAGCCACCUGUCCAGCGUCUUUGCCGAACUGGAGGAGCGUGAGAGCAUCCCGUGAGACGGACGAGCUUCGUCCUGGCAACCGUCUCGUGUACCGUGUAUGCUUGACGACAUGUUGCAUUCUUUAAAUCUAUCCCAGUAAGGGGUAACAUGUGGGGUUGUAUCUCACAAUGAGAUAUUUGCUUUGCAAAAACUGAUUAGCAUAAUUGUCGUAUAGCCAGGCAACAUUGACCAAUCAGGAGGCGCCAUUUAAAAGUUAAAAAAUCCUUUUAGUGACCGUCUGAUGUUAUACAGAAUCCCAUUGGAAUAAGGCUCAUGCAACUUUGCUGCCAUUUACUUUUUUGCCUGUGGAAAGGUGUAUUUCAUAAUGCACUGUGCAGAACCUUAUGAUGAAAGAGAUGAUUUAUGCUUAGCACAUUGCUGUAGAAUGGAGCUGGAUAGAUACAUAUUUAUUUAUUUAUUUAUUUUAUUUGUUCAUUAAAAAAGUAGAACAUAUUGGGAAUGUGUUGCUAUAUUAUAUUUAUAUUUUCUUAUACUGUAUUUUAUGUAUACUGGUAUGUAAUGUAUACCUGGAGUAGAAAGAUGACAUUGUGUCUAGUACAGUUACGUAUUUAGAGAGAGGGAAACCCUAGACUAUAUUUUUCAUUUAUUUUGCUUUGUCACGCUGGAGUUUGACUUUGUCACAAGAUUAGAAUAAAAGUUUUGUUAACUGAACAUGAAGCUUCUUGUUUAUCAGUCUGACUCACAACAAAACAUUACAAACGACAUGAUUCAAUUAUCAUUCAUUAAACAUACUUAUCCAGGGAAAGAACAGUACAUGACCUGUGGUCUUCUCUUGUACAAGAUGUUUAUGUAAAAAGACCAUAUCAUGGCUUAUUUGCAAAUCCCUUGGAUAAUGUAGGCAGCAGACUUGCCCCAAACCAUUAGUUUGGUCAUAGAAAGUGCUCAACCAUCUAGAAGCUUAAUCAACCACAGAAACUCAAGAUUUGGAUCAAGCUCAAAACAUCAAAUUUUGCACACUGAUGACCUAGUUGAACAAGA